AUGCCGACGAAAUUUGGGGUCGCACAAACUUCAAAAUCCCUUCUUCUGCGUCGCGAGGAAGACGGUGUGGAGUUCGUGGGCGCCGAAGGGCUAGGGUGGUCGUUGGUGAGCAUUCAGGCGGAGGAGACCGCUUCAGCGAGAAGUACCGUAGAAAUGGAAAGUGCAGCGACCGCAAGGAAGGUGAGGAUCGACGGAAGGGAGGGGAGAGAGAGGGGCUUCGCCUUCAAGCUCCGAAAAAUCCACAUCUGGUCUUCAUUUCAAGCGAGCAGAUUCUUCCCCGUCUUAAGCCGUAGCAUUCUCCAUCGAUUUCGUUCGCGCAAGCAUUGUCUUUCGCAUCUGAAGCCGUCGCCUUCACCAUUGAUUUCGUACUGUUCGAUCACUUCGCAGGAGCUUGGCAAGCUCGGCAAGGAUGCAAGUUUUCAAUACCUAUGGAAAUGCAAGGAAUAUUUUGAAAAGGUGCCCCGUAUAAUACUAGCAACAAAUGCUGAUGGUCCUGGGCAAGCACUAGCUGAAGAAUUAGCUCGUCGCCUUGGUAAAGAAAGAUGCUGGAGGGUUAAAUGGCCAAAGAAAAGCACUACCGAGGUUUGCAAAGAUGCUAAUGAGGUGCUAAACAUUUUUGGAGAACAUGUGCUGAAGGAAGUUAUAGAUAAAGCGGAAAUGUUUCCCAUACGGGGUCUAUUAAACUUCAGCAACUUUUUCCCUGAUAUCACUGAUUAUUAUCAUUGUAUUCAAGGGUUUGAAUUGGGUGUCUCAACAGGUUGGAGAGCUCUGGAUGAUUUGUAUAAUAUUGUACCUGGAGAAUUGACUGUCAUAACAGGUGUUCCUAAUUCUGGCAAGAGUGAGUGGAUUGAUGCGUUAUUGUGCAAUAUCAAUGAAAGAUGUGGUUGGACAUUUGCUCUCUGUUCUAUGGAGAACAAGGUUGAAGAUCAUGCUAGAAAGCUUUUGGAAAAACAUAUUAAGAAGCCGUUCUUCAAUUCAAGGUAAAGUUAGCUAAAAUUGGUUCUCAUCCUCCUGGGUUAAUGUCUGUUGACAGUAUAUUUCCCCGCCAAAACUUUUUUUCGGUCUUUCGGUUGUUACAUGUCUAGUUCUAUCAUUUAUGCGGCUAUAGUUAUGGACUUUGAUCAUUGAGUCGAGUUUGACAGUUGUGAAAUAGCUACUAACUAG